UAAUACAAUUGUGGGAGACCACGAACACAACACAACACACCCCAUCCUUUUAUUUUCUCUCUCUAAAAAAAAAAAAAGACGUUAGCGUAUUCUACCUGUAAUUUAAUUUUGUCUGCCAGAAAUAUUCAAAAAAAUAAAAAACAAAGGAAAAGUGAGGUGGACUGGAUGAGAGAGAAAAUUCAAACAAAGAAUUUACAUUUACAUUUUGCAGUCAGAAAAUUCUUUCUCUCUUCUUCUUUCUUCGUCCCCCACAUUCCAGCUUAAAGUUCUUUGCUUUUACAUUAUACUACUAAUUACAUAUUUUCUCUCUCCUCUUUCUUCUUCUUAUUAUCUCUGCUUUUUAUUCUUAAAUAAGAAUUUUUCUCUUUCUUCUUCAUCAAUUGUUAAUCCGGAAGUGUUGAAUCGAUCAGCUUUUUUUUUUGGAUUGCUGUUUAUUUUCCGAUCUGCUGGUGAUUGUUUGUGUAAAUUCAACCUCGAAGGUCGCCAUUGCUUUUUUGUGAUAAAAAAGUAAAAAAUUAAGGAGGAAAUGGCGACCUCGGAAAAUGUUAUAGUAGGUUCUAAAGUAUGGGUUGAAGAUCCAGAAUUAGCAUGGAUAGAUGGAGAAGUCACAAAAAUUAACGGUCAAGAACUUCAUGUUCAAACCACACAUGGAAAAUCAGUUGUCACAGAGGUCUCAAAGGUCUAUCCUAAGGAUGAGGAAGCUUCUGCUGGUGGUGUUGAUGACAUGACAAAGCUCGCAUACUUGCAUGAACCAGGAGUUCUGUCCAACUUGGCCAUCAGAUAUUCAAUCAAUGAAAUUUAUACAUAUACAGGAAAUAUUCUCAUUGCAGUAAAUCCAUUUCAAAGAUUACCUCAUCUGUACGAUACACACAUGAUGGGGCAAUAUAAGGGAGCAGGAUUUGGGGAGCUUAGUCCGCAUGUUUUUGCGAUUGCUGAUGCUUCCUACAGGGCGAUGAUAAAUGAGGGAAAAAGCAAUUCUAUUCUGGUUAGUGGAGAAAGUGGUGCUGGUAAGACUGAGACUACAAAGAUGCUUAUGAGAUACCUUGCAUAUUUGGGAGGUCGUUCUGGUGUGGAAGGCCGUACAGUUGAACAACAAGUUCUAGAAUCCAAUCCUGUUCUGGAAGCCUUUGGUAAUGCUAAAACAUUAAGAAAUAACAAUUCAAGUCGUUUUGGGAAGUUCGUGGAAAUCCAAUUUGACAAGCAUGGGAAGAUAUCUGGUGCUGCUAUUCGAACGUACCUGCUAGAAAGAUCCCGUGUCUGCCAGGUUUCUAGUCCUGAAAGAAAUUAUCACUGUUUUUAUCUCCUCUGUGCGGCACCUCAAGAGGUUCGAGAAAAGUACAAGUUGGAUAACCCUGAGAAAUUCCAUUACUUAAAUCAAACUGAUUGCUAUAAAUUGGACGGAGUUGAUGACACUGAGGAAUAUCUGGCGACCCGAAGGGCUAUGGAUGUAGUUGGAAUAAGUGCAGAAGACCAGGAAGCAAUUUUCAGAGUUGUUGCUGCAAUAUUGCAUAUUGGUAAUGUUAACUUCUCCAAAGGAACAGAGGUAGACUCUUCUGUUCUCAAGGAUGAGAAAUCAAGAUUUCAUUUAGACAUGACUGCUGAGCUACUUAGGUGUGAUGUCAAGAGCCUAGAAGAUGCACUUAUUAAACGUGUGAUGGUGACCCCAGAAGAAGUAAUCACAAGAACUCUUGAUCCUGAUUCUGCAACAGUUAGUAGAGAUGCAUUAGCUAAAACUAUAUACUCGCGUUUGUUUGAUUGGCUUGUGGAUAAGAUCAAUAGUUCUAUUGGGCAGGAUCCAACCUCUAAAUCUAUUAUCGGGGUCCUUGAUAUAUAUGGUUUUGAAAGUUUUAAAUUCAACAGUUUUGAGCAGUUCUGUAUCAACUUUACUAAUGAAAAGCUGCAACAACAUUUUAAUCAGCAUGUCUUUAAGAUGGAGCAGGAGGAGUAUACAAAAGAAGAAAUAAACUGGAGCUACAUAGAAUUUGUGGAUAAUCAGGAUGUUUUGGAUAUGAUUGAGAAGAAACCUGGUGGAGUCAUUGCACUUCUUGAUGAAGCAUGUAUGUUUCCCAAAUCUACACAUGAAACGUUCGCUCAGAAGUUGUACCAGACAUUUCCUAAACACAAACGCUUUCAGAAACCCAAGCUUUCUCGCACCAGCUUUACCAUUUGUCACUAUGCAGGCGAGGUGAUGUAUCAAGCUGAUCAGUUUCUUGAUAAAAAUAAAGAUUAUGUAAUAGCAGAGCAUCAAGAUCUCCUUCAAGCCUCAAUGUGCUCUUUUGUAGCUGCCCUGUUCCCUCCACUUCCAGAAGAAUCAUCAAAGUCAUCUAAAUUUUCUUCAAUUGGAUCUCGCUUUAAGCUACAACUCCAGCAAUUGAUGGAGACUCUAAAUUCAACAGAGCCUCAUUACAUCAGAUGUGUGAAACCAAAUAAUGUCCUGAAGCCUGGUAUCUUUGAAAAUGUUAACAUCCUUAACCAAUUACGAUGUGGUGGUGUUCUUGAGGCAAUCAGGAUUAGCUGCGCUGGAUAUCCUACCAGACGAACAUUUGAAGAUUUUCUUCUCCGAUUUGGUGUUCUUGCUCCAGAACUUUUGGAUGGAAAAUGUGAAGACAUGGUUGUAUGCCAGAAGAUAUUAGAUAAAAUGGGAUUGAAAGGCUACCAGAUAGGAAAGACGAAGGUUUUCCUACGAGCUGGUCAGAUGGCGGAGUUAGAUACAAGGAGAAUAGAGGUUCUAGGGAACGCUGCAAGGAAGAUUCAACGACAUGCACGUACAUAUAUAGCACGCAGAGAAUUUAUUUCGAUUCGAAAUGCAGCUGUUCAAAUUCAGUCUUGCUGCCGAGGUGUUCUUGCCAGUAAGGUUCAUGAAGAAUUACGCAGACAAGCAGCAGCCAUUAGAAUUCAGAAGAAUUUCCGCUGCCACCGUGCUAGGAAAUCCUAUCUGAGAGUAAGGUUGUCUGCAGUUAAAGUUCAGACUGGAUUAAGGGUAAUGCAUGCUCGGAAUAUUUUCAGACACAGAAAACAAACCAAGGCUGCCAUCAUUAUCCAGACUCGUGUACGUUGUCACAUCGCUUGCUCUUAUUACAAGAGUUUACAAAAGGCUGCUCUUGUGACUCAGUGUGGUUGGAGGCAGAGAGUUGCUAGGAAAGAACUCAGGCAGCUUAAGAUGGCUGCGAGAGAAACAGGUGCUCUUAAAGAAGCGAAAGACAUGCUGGAGAAGCGUGUAGAAGAGCUUACAUGGCGUUUGCAAUUUGAGGGUCAACUAAGGAAAAACCUGGAAGAGGAGAAAGGUCAAGAAAUUGCCAAGCUACAGGAAGCUUUGCAAGCCAUGCAUAUGCAGGUUGAAGAAGCAAAUGCUCGUGUAAUUAAAGAACGAGAGGCUGUUAAGAAAGCAGUUGAAGAAGCUCCUCCAGUCAUCAAAGAGGUUCCCGUUCUGGUUCAAGAUACGGCGAAAGUUGAGUCAUUAACUGCUGAAGUAGAGAAUCUAAAGGGCUUACUAGAGAGAGAAAAAGAGGCUGCAGAAGCGACCAGAAAGGCUUCAUCUGACACCACUGAAAUGAAUGCAGAGCUUCUUAAAAAAUUGGAAGGUUCAGACGACACAAUAAAUCGACUCAAAGAUUUUGUUCAAAGGAUGGAGGAGAAACUUUCUAAUGCUGAGUCAGAAUCUCAAUUACUACGCCAGCAAGCACUUGAGAUGAGUCAAAAACUCUCUAGUGCGGAAUCCGAAAUCCAGGAUAUGACAGAAAAACUUAAGAAGGCAGAGUCAGAAUUGCAAGGACUUCGACAACAAGCCCUGACAAUGACACCUAUAGCCAAAUCAGCUCCUGUCCGUUCAAAGACAAUGGUAGCUCAGAGGAAUCCAGAGAACGGACAUGUGCAAAAUGGUGAAGCCAGACCCUUGUCUUCCCCGAUCACAGCCAUUGCUGAAUACUCACCUGAGGAUAAACCACAAAAAACUCUUAAUGAUAAGCAGCAGGAGUAUCAAGACUUGUUGAUCAAGUGUAUAUCGGAGAAUCUUGGGUUUUCUAAGGGCAAACCAAUUGCUGCCUGUGUCAUAUACAAAUGUCUUCUUCAGUGGAGGUCCUUUGAAGUUGAAAGAACUAGUAUUUUUGAUCGUGUUAUACAAACCAUAGGUUCAGCCAUAGAGGUCCAGGAAAAUAAUGAUAUGCUGGCCUACUGGUUAUCUAAUACGUCUACGUUGUUAUUACUCCUUCAACAAACGCUCAAAGCCACUGGGGCAGCUGGCUUUACUCCACAGCGACGUAGGACAAUGUCGACUUCUCUAUUUGGAAGAAUGUCAUCGUUGAGAGCAUCUCCCCAAAGUCCUGGCCUAUCUUUUCUCAAUGGUCGUCUCAGCAAACCAGAUGAUGUUCGCCAAGUUGAGGCCAAAUAUCCUGCUUUGCUGUUCAAACAGCAGCUUACUGCGUUCCUUGAGAAGAUAUAUGGGAUGAUAAGAGACAAUCUGAAAAAAGAGAUCUCUCCAUUGCUAGGGUUAUGUAUCCAGGCACCUCGGACAUCACGGGCUAGUUUGAUGAAAGGACGUAGUCAUACUAAUACUGUUGCUCAACAAGCUUUGAUAGCUCACUGGCAAAGCAUUGUGAAAAGCCUAAACAGUUACUUAAAGAUGAUGACAGCAAACAAUGUCCCUCCUUUCUUGGUGCGGAAAGUAUUCUCCCAAAUAUUCUCGUUUAUCAAUGUCCAGCUAUUCAACAGCCUUCUACUGCGACGUGAAUGCUGCUCCUUUAGUAAUGGCGAGUAUGUGAAAGCUGGUUUGGCAGAAUUGGAGCAGUGGUGCUAUGAUGCAACCGAGGAAUAUGCUGGCUCAGCUUGGGAUGAGUUAAAGCAUAUUAGACAAGCGGUCGGAUUCCUAGUCAUCCAUCAGAAGCCGAAGAAAACCUUAAAUGAGAUCACAAAAGAUCUAUGUCCCGCACUCAGCAUACAGCAAUUGUAUAGAAUCAGCACAAUGUACUGGGAUGACAAAUAUGGAACUCAUACCGUGUCUUCUGAUGUUAUUUCAAGUAUGCGAGUUCAGAUGACCGAGGAUGCGAACAGCGCUGUGACUAAUUCAUUCUUACUAGAUGAUGACUCGAGCAUUCCGUUCUCUCUGGAUGAUAUCUCUAGCUCACUGCAACAGCAGCCAGGGGCAGGAGAAAUAGAUCCGCCCAAAUUAUUGCGAGAACACUCAGGCUUUUCGUUCUUGAUUCAGCAUACUGAGUGAGAAAAAGGGUAUGUUGCACGACAAGAAUCCCAUCUCAGACCUCAUGGCAUAGGGCUUCAAACUUCGUGCGUUCAUUUGACAUGUCAAAUCUUGUGCAUAUAUAUAUAUUCAUCGGCACUCACCUGAUUCUUUAUAUGUUGAAGGGCAUCCAUGGUUUGCCCUACACAGGGGGGAAGGUCUAUUAAUUCUUUUAUCAUCACACCCUUUUAGGGUGAUGGGGUUAUUCUUUAAAUUUUAAAUGUCCAUAAGCUCUGUGGACAAAGUGUGCAAAUUCUGGUGACAUAAUUAUUGUCACACCCCCACAAAAGGAAAGGGGGUCUAUUUUGAAAAGUGGUUUGGUUUUAAAUAGGUUUCAGGUCUUUGAUAGUUGUUGGUCGGGUGUAUCUAUAGGUAGGUUUGCCAAUUUUUGAGGCCAUUUGUUUGUUGUAACGAGGGAUUAUGUAUGUAUUCAAGGUUUUGUAGUGUAAGUAUUUACAUUUUGUUUAAUAUGUUUUUCUGCACUUGGUAUUUGCCGAGCGAGUCAAUGAAAAUGUACAUAUUUUGUCCGAA